AUGGCACAGGACCUGAACCUGAAGCCCAUGACUGGCGCUCGGAUACGGAAAGUACCUAGUACUCCGGCCAGUUGCAGUGGAAGGAUCUCACUCGCUGUAACCUCGAAGUUUCUCGCGGCUAAGCACAGGCCUCAGAGCCUCGUGAGAAGCGAAAGCCAUGAUCGUGUAUUUGCACAUGCCGACUGGAAGAUCGUUGUCAUCCACCGACAGCGCCGGCAGUCAAGAGGGCGCCUCCUUCGAACCUCCCGCGUACUGUCAAAGAGACCUACGUCCGAGCCGGCCACCGUGGCCUUGCAUCAUGAUUUCCCAUCAUGUCUUAGCGGAGCAACAACCAGAAGAACAGUACAUCUCCGUGUCGUGGUCCUCGCCGCGCCACCAUUCCUGUGGAGUACUUCCGCCAGCUUCCAGAAGGAGGACUCCAGGGAUGGCUCGAACGAGUGCUCCAGCACGGGAAGCCUCACGAAUGCCGGUCCCAGUAGCGAUGUGCAGUUUUGGAACAGUACACAACGGCUGGCGGAAGAAUACCGUACCGAAGGUGUUGCUUAUUCCUGA